AUGGACUGCUUGAUCAAUAUUUUUGAGAGGUUGGAGCUCCAAGAGUUGAUACUAGGAGUGGCUUUCGUCUGCAAAUCAUGGCACAGAGCUUCUGUCAGCCCUCAAUGCUGGAAAACUCUCAACAUGGACAAACUCAACUUUGCUCCAUCGUCCAGUCCUUUUGUCACCACAUUCUGCCAUCAAUAUGCUAUACACAACUUCUCUGUCUCUGGUUUCCUGACCUUGGCUCUCAGUCGAGGUGGUCCAGCCGUUGUGGAGCUAAUCCUUCCUGCUAUUUGCACAUUAGAAAAGUUGAUCUACGCAUCAAACAUGUGCCCAUGCUUAAGGGUCCUUGGCCUGCCAAUGCAUAUCGUAAAGCACAACAACAGCAUCGACUUAUUCAGCGAUGAAGAAAUGACGCAGUUUCUGGGACUCUUCAACAAAUGGAAGGAUCUUGAAUACUUGCAUCUUCGAGAGUAUCAGUCUUACACCCGAGAAGUCCUUUUAGCAAUCAAAUUACACUGCAAAAAUUUUGUCGGGAUAAAGAAGAUAGGUCUAAUGGGAGAUGAUGAAGCCUCAGCUAUUGCUGCUGUUCUUCCGGGACUUAAGCAAUUGACUGUAACUUCUUCUGCAACUCCUGCCCUUAUGAUCAGAGAAAGCCUGAAGGAAAUAUUGGAGGGGUGUAGAGAGUUAGAGGUGCUGGUGAUAAAUGAUUGUUGUGGAUUUGAGGUUGAUGAAGAGAUCUUGAAGAUGACUUCUCAUAUCAGGAGCUUUUUGUACAAGGAUGUGAGGCCUAAUGUAGAUGAGGACUACUAUCCUUUGGCUAUAAUCUUCAAUCCUGACACUUGGAAACAUUCAGGAAUUGAUCUUGGUUUGGGAAUUGAUCAUCUUGGUUUGAACUGA